AUGGCAAUAAACACGGUUGCGUGCCAAUCAAUUGAAACAAAUAACAACGUUCUGAUCGCUUUCGAAUGUCCUGUGUGCUGUUCUCAGUUCAGUUAGUACUUCCUUUUUUAUUUAUUCAUGUUAGUUUUUCGUUUCUAUAGACAGACAAAACAACGUCCCAAAAGUUCUUGACUGCGGCCACAGUAUUUGUUCGAAUUGCAUUACUACGCUUCUUUCGAAUGUGUGAGUUUUUUUUUCACUUCAUUCGGAAUCUUCUAUUUUUUUACUUGGAAAUUAAGGUUACCAAUAUUCUUCAUAGGUUUGAGCUUUUUCAAAGAAUUAGUGAUGCUUUCAAAGUUUUAGAUGAAUAUAGAGAAAAUUUUGAGUUUUUCAAGGCGUGUCUACAUAGUCGGAGAAGGCGAAGGUGUUCAACAAUUGAAAUGUCCGUUGUGCCAGGUUGCAUUUUUCUGUCUUUAUACGACAUUUACUUAUUUUUCUUCAGGUCUACACAAACAUCGAUGAUGUGAAAAAUUUGAGGAAUAACUUCCAGCUCCUCGGUAUUUUUUUUGUAAUCAAGACUUCAAAAAACGUGAAAGCGUUAGUUGCAUUUGAUAUUUAAAUUGCGUAAAGGUCAAAAUCUCAACUCACUGCUGCUCUCAGAGCUUUGCGCUAGGCCGGCCAUAGUGUUGCAAAGCGGUUGAAAAUUUGCCUUUUUUCGAACUUUUUUUUCUCUUUCAUUCACAGAUGUGUAAAUCGGGUAGUGAAUGAUCGAAAACUUGUUAUUUGAAAAUUUUAUGUUAUGUAAAUUAUGAAAUGAGAUGAAAAAAAGUUCGCGACUGCGACUGAUUGGUAAAACUCACAGCUCUGGCUCAUGUAUUGAAAGUUUUCAGAUGUUGUUGAAUCUUACGAAAAUAAUGCGAAGGAGGAGAAAGCUUUUCACGUCAAGUGCAUCGAAUGCCAUGAUGUUUCAGGCGAAAAACAGUAUUUAAUUUUUCAGCAUUUCCGUCAGAAAGCAAUCAAUUCAGAUUCCAUAUUUGUGUCCAAUGCACUCAGAAAAAGUUUGACUUUGUGUUCAACUACGGCAAUCUGACGCCCCUAAUGAAUCUUGUUGGGUUUUGCUUGCUUUCAAUCAUUUGAAUGUCCCCCAUUAUGAAUAAACGGGAAUCAUACUCAGGGUGAUGUCAAUUGCGUGGCGAUUUGCUCUUCUUGCAUUUUCAAGAAACAUAACAACGAUAGCCAUACCGUGUAUGACUUUCUUCCUGUCCGAGUGAGUUUUUCUUCAAUAAAUACGUAUGAAACAGUUUGAAACGGAUGAGGGAAUUUUUAAAAGUUUAAGCGUUUUGGGCCCGCCUUCCAUUUUUGCUUGAGGCCUCCCUAAGGCGGGGCUAGCUCGGAAAAUGAUUUUUUCUUAUUUUUUGCCUCCCUAAAGCCGGGCCGGCCCUCGCACAAGCCUGAAUGCAGGUUUAAACUUCAAGGAUCUUUAUCUGGUACCUCAAAGAGCAAUCUUUUUAGGUGACAAAGUUAAUGACCUCACUUUUGAAGUCGACAUAGAAGUUAUAGGAAUCAUUGUUAUCGAAAAAUCUGUCUGUAACGAAUAAUAAAUCUUACAGCUCGAACUGACUUACAAUAAGCACAUGCUUCAAGCCGACAUUUCCACCAGCAUGCUUAAAAAAAAUCUCAUGGAGCUUCGUUCUCAGUCAACGCGAACCAUCGAAAUAGUCGCUCAUCUUGAGACGGUUUUAUUCAUAUGGUUAUCGAUUAAUUUCAAAACGAAAAAAUCAGGAAUUCGAGAGAAUGUCCAGCUUGAUCAAACGCGCGAGAUCUUCAAAACGGCAACUGGCAAUCGCGAAAGCCCACGAGAGGGUUGUCGAAACGAUGAACGACCACAUUCUUAAACUCGCAAUGUCUAUCGAGGGUUUUAAUAUUGACAUUGAUGUAAGUUUUAAAAAAGUGGAAAUAGGAUAUCAAGUGGUGCGGCAUAAAAACAAUCAACUGUUUCUGAAUUUUUUUUUCUUCGUAACAAGAGUAUUACCGUCUCGAUGAAUAUCAAAAUAUUGAUUUAAUAAAAAAAUAAAUAAAAUUCUAAUCUAAUGUAAUACCGUCGGCAUUCGUCGAAUAGAGAAAACAAAUAUUCAACUUUUUUUUGGCUAACCUCUAACUGUUUUCAGAAGAAGUUGAACUCGCUGCAAAAAGAAAACGACAUACAGAAUUCUUUCGUCGACGGGGUUGGUGCCUCAUUUUUUUUUUUGAACAUGUUGCACAUUAAAUUUUGUUGAUUUUUUAAGGAAGAUGAUUCUACAAACAGGGAGAAUCGGAAGCCACGCUCUUUCCGUGAGUUCAUGUCUGCCGGCUUUUGGGCUCUACUAGGCUAUGUAAAAUUUUGA